GUCCAAUGACCAAACUAAAAGGUGAGCGGUCAAAGGUCAAAUACUCAAUUUGUAGUAGUUAUAAAAGGCGUCUCGCAUUUUGAAACGUUUGGAUUGGACCAACAAACAAAAUAAAUUUUGGAAAGAAAGUCGAAAGGCAACUCUUCUCUAAUCUAAUCCUAAAUCGCAAAUUGUAGUGAUGACGACGACGGCGGUGAUGGGCUCUGCAAAGGUGGAUGGCAGAAGCGGAUUCUGCAAUUCCAGCUCGACAUUCUACAGCAAGCGCAAGCCCAUACCACUCCCUCACAACGAUUCUUUGGACAUCACCACUUUCAUUUCGUCUCAGGCCCACCGUGGCACCGUCGCCUUCAUCGACGGCUCCACCGGCCGCCAACUCACCUACGCUCAACUCUGGCGUGCCGUGCGUUCAGUUGCCUCCUCUCUCUCCGACAUGGGCAUUCGAAAGGGCCACGUCAUACUGCUGCUGUCCCCAAACUCCAUCUUCUUCCCGGUGGUGUGCCUGGCCGUGAUGUCGCUGGGUGCGAUUAUAACAACCACCAACCCCCUCAACACCACUGGCGAAAUUGCCAAGCAAAUCGCCGAUUCCAAACCGGUGCUGGCCUUCACAACCCGUCAACUCAUCUCCAAACUUGGCGGUUCAACUACUGAUCUGUCCAUCGUGCUCAUUGAUGACGACGAAAUUAAAGCUCCUAAUCAUGGAACUGGAAAUGGAAAAAUUGUGUCGACCUUGGGACAGAUGAUGGUGAGGAAGGAAAGGCAUGGGAGUAGCAACGGUGGAUUGACUUUGAAGGAAGAAAUCAAUCAGGAUGACAUAGCGACUCUGCUCUACUCGUCGGGGACUACGGGUGCCAGUAAAGGCGUGGUGUCGUCGCACAAGAAUCUGAUAGCGAUGGUGCGGGUCGUUCUCAGCCGCUUCAAUCUGGACGAUGGGGAGGAUACGUUCCUGUGCACGGUUCCCAUGUUCCACAUCUACGGCUUAGCAGUGUUCGCCACGGGUCUACUGGCCUCGGGAUCAACGAUCGUGGUUCUCUCCAAGUUCGAGAUGCAUGAUAUGCUGUGGGCCAUCCAGAAGCACCGUGUCACUUACCUUCCGCUUGUUCCUCCCAUACUGGUUGCGCUCAUCAACGCUGCAGAUCAGAUCAAGGCCAAGUACGAUCUGAGUUCCCUGCGUAGGGUUCUGUCUGGUGGGGCCCCACUCAGCAAGGAAGUGAUUGAGGGAUUCGUGGAGAAAUAUCCGACCGUCAACAUUCUUCAGGGGUACGGAUUGACGGAAUCGACGGGCGUGGGAGCGUCGACGGACAACCUGGAGGAGAGUCGAAGGUAUGGUACGGCGGGGCUGUUGUCGGCGAGCAUGGAGGCGAAGAUUGUGGACCCGGACAGCGGUAAGGCACUAGCAGUGAAUCAGACGGGUGAGCUCUGGUUGAAGGGUCCCACCAUCAUGAAAGAGUAUUUCGGUAACGCAGAAGCCACUGCAGCGACCCUUGAUGCACAAGGAUGGUUAAGAACUGGAGACAUGUGUUACAUCGAUGAGGAUGGAUUCAUUUUUGUGGUUGAUAGGUUGAAGGAGCUCAUUAAGUACAAGGGAUAUCAGGUCCCCCCUGCGGAACUAGAAGCUUUAUUACUAACGCACCCUCAAAUUGCUGAUGCUGCUGUUAUACCAUUUCCUGAUGAUAAAGUUGGACAGUAUCCGAUGGCAUAUGUGGUAAGGAAAGCCGGAAGCAAUUUGUCGGAGAAGGAUGUCAUGGAAUUUGUCGAGAAACAGGUGGCGCCGUACAAGAAAAUCAGGAGGGUGGCAUUCAUAGCUUCCGUACCUAAGAAUCCAUCUGGAAAGAUUCUUAGGAAGGAUCUUAUUCAGCUUGCAACUUCUUCUUCUUCUUCUUCUAAACUUUGACUGCUGCAAAUUAAGUUGGAGCUAGCUUUCGCAUGCGACAGGCAGUGGAGGGAUCCUGGAAAUAACAUGGGAUUCUCUCUGUGCAUCCCAGCCAGAGCCAUUUUCAAUAAUUCCUAGAUAUGUUAUGUUAUGUCAUGUCAUGUAAUCUUUGCAUUCUUUCCUAAGAUAUGAUAUAUCCAUGUCCAAUCAGCACAUUUAUGUGGUUUUGUUGGAACGUGAAAAAUCCUGAGCACCUUCUUCUUCUUCAA